AUGCUAGAACGUCAAUUACGUGAUCGGUUUGCAACGGGUCUCAACCAUCCCCGACUUGAAGUGGAAUUGAAACAAAGGUGGCCAGAGCUAAAAACAUUCGAUGAUAUUGAAGGCAUAGAAAACGAAGUGUCGUUCGCGGAAGUUUUCAAAAUAGCGCUAUCAAGAGAGUUGGCGGAAAAAGACAUUGUAGAAAGUGAAUGCGCGGAAGUGAAAAAGAUAGUAAAACGUCGUGCGAAAAUCGGUAAGCGGAUCCGAAUUUUGUCGGAAGAACAAUGUUUAAGAUGUGGUGCGCGUCAAAGACAUUCAAAAGACAACUGCAAGGCGGCGAAUCACAAUUGUGAAGCGUGUGGCAAACGUGGACAUUACGGGUCGUGCUGUAUAAGAAAAGGCAGAGCUAAAUUGAUCGCGAGAGACAAAAAGAAACAACAGCGUAUUUACAACGUAAAAAAUAGUGAUACAUCUAUUUCGAGUUGUGAGCAAGUUUUUAAAGUAAUGAGUGCCAUUGCUAAGAAAAGAAACAUUGACGUUAAGAUCGGAUCACCAACGCUUAAAGGGAAGCCAAAACUACGGGCUUAUGGCAAUUUCGAUUUACCUUGCCAAAGGGAAGCUACAGUGACAGUGACGCUGAACAAGCGAACGCGAUCUUUGAAAGUAGUCGUGGUGGACAACGCGAAUCCAAUGUUAUUUGGCUUAGAGUGGAAUGAAGCCUUCAAUUUGCCACUGCCCGAACCAGUGUACAACGUAGAUCGUGUCAACAACCACGUGCAGCCGACAACGAAACCACUGCAUCAGAAGUUAAAUGACAUAUUGGAAGAGAACAAGCAGCUAUUCGAAGAAGGACUGGGAAAAAUAAAUAACUAUCAAGUUAAAAUUCACGUAAAGGAAACAGCAACACCAAUACAUAUUCCAGCCAGGCCAGUCCGAUUCGGAAUUCAAAAAAGCGUGGAAUUCGAACUUGAAAGGUUACAGCAGCUUGGAAUUAUCUCACCUGUUGACCCCAAUGAAACACCGAUUGAAUGGGCAACACCCACUGUCAACGUGGUUAAACGAAACGGAAAUAUACGUAUUUGUGGUGAUUUUCGUGUUACACUGAAUCCAGCACUAGUAACAAUACGACAUCCAGUACCAACAUUCGAAAACAUCCGUCAGCAGCUUGCCAAGGGUGAGAAGUACACGAAAUUAGAUCUACGCGAUGCCUAUCUACAAUUCGAGAUUAGUCCAGAGUCAAGAAAAUACCUAAUCAUAUCCACACACAAAGGGUAUUUUCAGUAUAACCGUAUGACUCCUGGUCCAGAUGAAGAUAGCCAUCUAAGAUCAUUAAGAGAAGUUUUUAAACGUCUGCGUGAAGCUGGUUUUCGUAUCGAAAAGAACAAAUGUAGCUUUUUUCAAGGCAGUAUCGACUAUUUGGGCCAUCAAUUCAACCGAAAAGGGAUCUAUCCAGUGGAAGACAAGCUGAUAGCGAUAAAAAAUGCUGCAAUACCCACUAACAAGAAGGAGUUACGAUCCUUUCUGGGAUUGGUCAAUUUUUACGAGAAAUUCAUACCCAACUUACAUGGAGCAUGUUCCGAACUACACGCAUUAACUGGUACAAAGUCGCAAUGGCGAUGGUCAAUAAAGGAACAGAAACAAUUUGAUAAUGUUAAACAUAUGAUAGCUAGCGCCCGUCAUCUAACUCCUUACGAUCACACAAAACCGCUUUAUUUGGCAACAGACGCAUCCGAUGUAGGCCUUGGUGCUGUUUUAUAUCAUCAGGACGAGGCUAACAACGAGUUACCUAUCGCCUACGCGUCACGAAAAUUGAACGAAGCAGAACAAAAAUACGCUACCAUUGACAAGGAGGCAUUAGCAAUAUUUUUCGCCGUGAAGAAAUUUGAUCCAUAUUUACGUGGGACAAAGUUUACAUUAAUUACGGAUCACAAGCCGCUUCAACACCUGUUGGGAGACAAACGAAAUUUGCAAAAAAUCGUAAACAACCGUCUGACGAGAUGGGCACUAAUGUUAGGUGCAUACAAUUACGAUAUACAGUAUCAUCAAGGCAAAUACAAUAUUCUAGCUGAUUGCUUAUCACGCUUACCAAACGCACAUGAAGCAAUUUCGGAGGAAGCGCAGAAGAUUCAUAAAAUUUAUGCGGUAAUUCAAACACGGAAGCUUGAUGAUAUUGUACUAACAGAACAGGAACUUAGGAAGCAGACGAAACAUAACCUAAUAUUACGACGAGUAAUUGAGUUAAUUGAGCGUCACUGGCCAGACACGAAGUGUAUCAACAAUGAGCUGAAACCAUACUACGACAAACUGGAGGAACUAUCAUACGAAAACGGUAUUUUGAUGUGGCAAGGACGAAUUAUCGUGCCCGAUAAUCUUCAAGAAGUAACAUUGAGGCAUCUUCAUAGAGGGCAUCCAGGCAUUGGCUCUAUGCGUGCGUCAGCGAGGUACUAUGUAUGGUGGCCGAACAUCGACAAGGACGUGGAACAUACAGUGAAAUCAUGCAUGGCAUGUCAACGGCAACGCCCAAAACAAUCUGAACUGCCAAUCUACUUUUGGUCCCUGCCAGAGCAUUGUUGGCAACGACUGCAUGUGGACUUUGCAGGUCCCUUCGAAGGAAAAAUGUGGAUUGUGCUUCUUGAUGCUUUAUCAAAGUGGGUAGAAGCAGAUGUACUUUAUGCUGCCACCACAAGAACUUUGUGCGAAUUCCUAGAGGAGAAGUUUAUAACAUUUGGUUAUCCGGAAAUUAUCGUGUCGGAUAAUGGUAGUCAAUUUACGUCAGAAGAGUUUCGAAAUUAUUGUCAAAGUCAUGGAAUAAAACAUGUAACGUCUUCACCGUACCAUCCGAAAACCAACGGACUAGCCGAACGAUUCGUACGAACAUUCAAGGAGCGCAUGAAAGCCAGUGAAUAUGAUGGUUUAUCACAACGUCAGCGCUUGCGCACAUUUCUAUUUACAUAUCGAAACACACCACACUCCUUUACAGGGAAGGCACCAUCUGAAUUUUUGCUAGGUCGACGCCUGCGAACUUUAUUUGACAAUCUGAAGCCUAAUGUACGGCGAGAGAUGCAUUUUAAACAUGUAAAACAAAAUCUUCAAGCAGAGCAGUCUAACAGAGAGUUCCAACCAGCACAACCAGUAUUCGUAAAGACAGACAUCGAGAAAAUGUGGGAACCAGCCAACAUAGUCGAAAGAACAAAUCGAUAUUCUUACCGGGUUCGAACAAAGGAGGGUGUAGAAAGAAGACGACAUGCAGAUCAUAUCCUAGAACGGAGGGUAAUACCACCAUCAAUCGACUUCCGGGAUGUCUCAGAUUUUAAGCGAAACAGUUUCCAUUACCAAUCUGCAAGCCCGACAGCAAAUGAUGAACAGGAACAUCAGCAGUCUAUGCAGCCCGCUAUACCGUCGCAUGAAAACGGAAACAUGAGUGAACAAGGACAACACACCGAAGCACAACAAAUUGAACAUCCAGUACGGCGAAGCCAACGGCUAAGAAAUCGACCCAAGAGACUAGUCGAAGAGAUGUAA